AUGCCACCACAGGGCCCACGAUCGCGCCAGCCGCCGCCGCCUGGCGCACAGCGCGCACCCCCGCCGGGCCGUAGCGAGGUCUUUGAAAACAUCUUUGGGCGACCAGCAGGAGGUCACCAUCUAGGCCAUGGUCCGCCAGGUGCUCCUGGAGGACCCGGCGGCGCUCGCCCUCAGUUUGGAGGGUACCCCGGUGCUAACGCGCCGCCGCCUGCGCCGGUGUACAACCCGGCGCAACCGGGCUAUCCCCCUGCACUCGCACCGCAGCUGCCUCCAGCGGGGCCGAACCAGGGCUACUCGCAGCACGCUGGCCCCGGACCACGAGUAUAUGGGCAGCACGGCCUUGGCAGUAGUGGUGGGGGUAGUCUUGCUCCUGGUCCUCCUCCCGGAGCACAUGGACAUCAGCAAAGUUAUCCUUCGGAUGGGUUUGAUUUCUCGCGGCCAUCCGCAGGUAGCAUGACGAACGGGUUCCCUCAACCUCAACCCCGGGGGUCCAGCUACGGGUCGGCGCCGCACCCUGACCCUCAACAGCGCCAGACACUCCCCAACCGUCGUGCGUCCCUCACGCCCUCGCUCGCGUCGUCCAUGACGCAGCGGUCGCAUCCCAUCGAGUACACAAACUCACCUUCCGCAGCCUACAGUUCCAGUUCUGGUGUUCAACAGGCACCCCCACCACAAAACGGCGGUCUCCAACGGGCUCCGACCACUUCCUACAACGGCUUUGCCAGUCACCCGGCCGACCGACUGCCAACCCUCUCCUCAUUGCAAGAGCAUGCCUAUGGCGGGACCGCUCCGUCGACGACCAUGCCCACACCGCAGCCACGGUCCGUGUCUGCCACUGCUGUGCCGACGGCCGCGUCGGCCGCUGGCGCGCCCCAGCCGACGCAGACAUCCAUUCCCCCCAGAUCGCGUUCCUUGCAUCACGCAGCGGGACCAUCCAAGAUCCGAGUGUCCAUCCCCCAGCCGUCCGUAAACCCCGGCGUGUCCCCAGCACAGCCAUAUCCUCCUUCUGCCUCGAGGACAUCCUCAGGCUUCAGUGGUGACGGUAUGGGAGGUCUGCCGACGACGCGCGAAGCAAGCCCGCCACCAGACUACCUUCGCGCCAUGAACUCCAUCACCUUGAACAGUGGACGCGGCACGCCAGGGCCACUGGACGACAUUGCCGGCAUUCCAGACAGGAGUAGCACCGAUCUCGGCGCGUUACGCGGUCCAUGGGAACCCUCAGUCCGUUCAAACCCAAACGAGCCGCCAACGAGGUCUGUGGACACCCGACACAUGUCGUCGUCCAGCGCGUCAUCGCAGCCACGCGGCCUGCAUUCUCGCAUGCCCUCGGAUUCGUCCAUCGCCAGCAGUAUAUACACCAUUGGAGGCGCAAGGAUGGCACCGCUCUCGCAGAUUGGGGGCCCCGGCGCAGAGUCUCCCAACUCUCCGUCGACGCCGACGGGUUCUGAGAAUGGCUACGGCUUCCACAGGCUGUCGGGCCGCAAGUCGAUGGAGUCGACACACUCUCUGCCCCUCCCCACCUCGUUGCAGGACUCGCCUCUGCCACCCGGUGCGGCCAACUCGGUGUUUGACCACCGCGCGACAUCGUUCUCGGGAUCGGCCGCCAACCGACGUGAGAUUAUCAGCCAGGUCCGCUCGUCUGGCGGGUCGCAGCUCGACUCGAAGGGCUUGGGAAUCUCGGUCAACAACGGCGGCGGCGGUGGUGGUCCCGGGUCACCGGUCACCCCCCAGCGAUCCUUGGUCCGUCACCAGUCCCAGGCCCGCCAAGCCACUCUCCUCACCAUGGCACCCGUCGUCCCCAGCUUGCUCUCGAGCGUCGCCGAGGCCUUCCGCCAGCUCAUCCAGCCUGCCGAGUUGCACAAGGAAGGUCUGGCGUACAAGGACUCGUUCGAUGGUCGCGCUGCCGUCUCGAUCCUCGCCGACAUUAUCAAGACACCCGACCGCAACCUCGCGCUGCUCCUCGGUCGUGCGCUUGAUGCCCAAAAGUUCUUCCACGACGUGACGUACGCCCACCGUCUGCGCGACACACCCAACGAGAUUUACCAGUUCAAGGAACGGCUAGUCGCUCCAUUCAUGAACGAGACCGACUCGCCUUCCCCGGACCACCUGGGUCUCACUCGUCCAUCAUCGUCGAGCAGUGGUGUGGUGGCGCGCCGCAGUCCCGCUCGCCACCAAGCGCACGAGGGCGGCUCGGACUCGACUUCAUCCUUCUUCCCCCAGCCCAAGGCACUCGGAACCCCAGUCGAGCUCGACGACGACUCGGACGACGACCUCCCGCAGGGUGUGUUUACGCUCCUUACGGAAUGUUACUCUCCCACAUGUACGCGCGAGCGACUGUGUUACUCGAUCAACUGUCCUCGUCGACUCGAGCAGAUGAAGAGGCUCAACAUGAAGGCGCACCCGGGUCUGAACCGCAAGAUUGAGGAUGACGUCGCGCACGACGAUGCCAAGGACACUGGCCGGCUCUGGAAGGACACGGUGUCGCAGGAGGUCUUUGAGAGCGUCGACGAAAAGGAGUGGAAGCGCCAAGAGGCUAUCAACGAGGUCAUUUACACGGAACGCGACUUUGUUCGCGACCUCGAGUACCUCCGCGAUUCUUGGGUCAAGCCCCUCCGGUCGGCGGACGUCGUCCCGGCCACCAGGCGCGACGACUUUGUGCGACAAGUAUUCUGGAACGUCCACGACGUCCUCACUGUCAACGUUGUCCUGGCGGAGCGGCUGUCCAAGCGCCAAAAACAGCAGCCUGUCGUCCAGAGUGUCGGUGACAUUUUCCUCGAGUGUGUCCCGCACUUUGAGCCCUUUGUCGUCUAUGGUGCGCACCAGCUGUUCGGCAAGUACGAGUUUGAAAAGGAAAAGGGCGCCAACCCGACCUUUCUCAAGUUUGUCGACGAGACGGAACGCAAGCCCGAAUCGCGCAAGCUCGAGCUCAACGGUUACCUCACCAAGCCCACGACGCGUCUGGGUCGUUACCCUCUCUUGCUCGAGGCGGUCCUCAAGCACACACCAGAUGACCACCCGGACAAGCAGGAUUUGCCAGAGGUCAUCAAGCUCAUCCGCGGCUUCCUCGCAAAGGUCAACGAGGAGAGCGGCAAGUCGGAGAACAUCUUCGAGCUCGCCCAGAUUGAGCAGCAGCUCAUGUUCCGCCCCCACGAGAACAUUGACCUGCGCCUCCGCGACAAGAACCGUGAGCUCGUCCACAAGGGCCCGCUCAAGCGUCGUGGCGGCACCCAGGGAGAGAACGCCGACCUCUUCGCGUUCCUGUUUGACCACGCGUUCUUGCUUGUCAAGAGCAAGUGGGUCAACAAGGCCGAGCAGUACAAAGUGUACCGAAGGCCCAUCCCCCUCGAGCUGCUCGUUCUCAUCACCCCGGAGGAUGUGUACAACUCGGCCAAAAUGUCGGCAUCGUCGCGCAAGCUCAUCUCGAGGAGCAACACCAAGGGCCAGGUCCUCGCCCACGUCCCGCCCAAGCCCGAGAGCAAGCACGGUUUCUCCCUCACUGUUCACCACCUCGGCCGCAAGGGAUACUCGCUCCAGCUCUGGGUCGACACGUACGUGAGCCGCAAAAAGUGGAUCGAGAGCAUCGAAAAGCAGCAGCAGACCAUCCGUGACCGCAGCACCAUCUUCAUGUCCGAGACGAUUACGGACAACUUUUUCCAGAACCUGCGCCGGAUCAACUGCAUCAGCCCUUACGACAAUGGUAACCGCAUGAUCUACGGUACCGACGAAGGUGUCUACUUUUCCAACCUCCGUGACCCCAAGCUGCGCGAGCCCGUCAAGGUCAUCAACCUUGUGGACGUCACCCAGGUGGACGUUGUCGAAGAGUACCAGCUCCUCAUUGUCCUGCACGAGCGCUCGGUCACCACAUUCCCGCUCGACUGCCUCGACCCCAACGACCCGAACGCGGCUCUCAAGCGCGGCAAGCGCAUCUCGUCGCACACGAGCUUCUUCAAGUCGGGCGUUUGUCUCGGCCGUACCCUCGUCGCUGUCGUCAAGAGCUCUCCCCUGAGCAGUACCAUCAAGGUCCUCGAGCCCGUCGACCAGAACAUGCGCAACAAGAAGCCCCAGGGCGGCUUCAUGAAGCGCCUGAAUGGCGCGCAGGACACGCUCAAGGUCUUCAAGGAGUUUUACAUUCCCCUCGAGAGUUUCUCCGUCUACUUCCUCAAGACCAAGCUCUGUGUUGGAUGCCAAAAGGGAUUCGAGAUUGUCGACCUCGAGACACUCGACAUGCAGUCUCUCCUGGACCCCUCGGAUGCCAGCCUCGACUUUGUCCUCAAGCGCGACGGUGUACGCCCCAUGGCCAUUUACCGCAUCGAGAGCGACUUUUUGUUGUGUUACGACGAGUUUGCAUUCUACGUCAACAAGAACGGCUGGCGGUCGCGACCCAAGUGGGCGAUUAUCUGGGAGGGCAGCCCGACAUCGUUUGCGCUGCAGUACCCUUACGUCAUUGCGUUCGAGCCGUCGUUUAUCGAGGUGCGCAACGUCGAGACGUCCCACCUGGUCCAGAUCAUCCCGGGCCACAACAUCAACUGCCUGUUCGCCGACAUGCCUCCGUCGACAGUGAACGCGCCACCCAUGCCCCAGUCCAGGCAGCUCAUGUACGGCGCGCCAGGCGCUCAGGGCAACAUGUACCGCCCACCUCCUCAGCAACAGCAGCAGCAACAGCAACAGCAGCCUGGAUACCCGCAAGGCGGCUUUGGUGGCUUCCCCCAGCCCAAGCCAUAUGGCCAACAGCAGCAGCAGCAAGUUCGCCCGCCGAUGCCUGGAGGCUACGGGAUGCCGCACCCCAUGGCGCCCAUCAGGAAUUUCUCAUUCCGCCCACAAGUCAUCUUCACGUCCGACGAUGGGCACGUCCAGUUCCUCAAGCUGCCGCCGCCCCAGGCCAAGAACCGGCGGUCGAGCGACUCGCGGUCCAUCCACUCGACGACUGGGCGGUAG